UGCAAAGUAAUAUAUAUAUUUAUUUCAUCUUCUUUAUGUGCUUUUUUUCUUUUUCUUUUAUAAUUAGCUACUAGCUGAUGCGCUGGGAUCAAGAAAAGCUCAAAAAGAAGAGUUCCACCGACGAUGCAAGACCAUCAAAUUAGGGUCCCCAUAUAUAUUCCACCCUCACCCCUUUAAUUCCCUCCCUUUUUUCCCUAGCUAGAACUAAACAUUCCACCUAGAAAAUAUGGGGAAUUGCUUGUUUGGAGGAUUUGGAGAUGGAAAUGAAGAUAUGGUGAAAGUGAUAACAUCCACAGGUGGCAUUAUGGAAUUCUUAGCCCCGGUUACAGUAGAGUCAAUCACUGAAGAAUUCCAAGGACACGGCAUUUUUAGAAGCCAUGAUUUGUUUUGGAAGCCACUACCAGCACAAGAAGUAUUACUAGCAGGACAAUCUUAUUAUCUUUUGCCGCUCAACAAUGAUCAAUAUAGUAGCAGCAAUAUUAUUACUGAGAAUAUUGAUAAUGUUAUGGCCAAGAUAGAAAUAGGACAUGUAAGAUCAAACAGCGUGCCACUUCCUCCUCAAAUCCAAAAUCUAGUGGUUGCUCCUUAUAGAAUGUCAUUUGAUAGCCAAGGAUUAUUAAAAAGGUCUUACACAGAAGCAUUGUAUCGCUAUAGCAAUAGCAAUAGCCGCAGCAGUCACAGCCAGAGAAAGAAGAGGAGCAGUGGUGGUGGUUUUUGGAAAGUGAAAUUGGUGAUAAGUCCUAAACAAUUAUUGGAGAUUUUGUCACAAGAGACUGCCACUCAAGAGUUGAUUGAGAGUGUGAGAACUGUAGCCAAAUGUGGCAAAAGUGGAACCUCUUCUUCCGCCAGCUCCGUCGGCUUUUCCGAUAAAUGGAGUCUCUCCAGUAGUAGAAACGCUUCCUCCUACAAAGAUGCCUUAUUUUCAUUAGAUUAGAGUACUGUAUUUUUUGUUUUUUUUUUUUUUUUUUUUUUUUUUUUUUGGGUUUCCUUUUCCUUUUUUUGUAUCAGUUUUACUGCAUUCUGUUUGUGUCUCCUCAAUAUGCAUAUAUAUCUAGUCAUAUUUCAU